GCAGCCAUUGGCAUUUGUUUUUGUUCAUUUCUUUUUUAGAUUUUGUGAGUUGAAAAGAAAACAACUGCGAGUACGAACAUUUGAUCGAAACAUCGUUCGUUACAUUUAUCAACUGUCUUCACUCGUUCAUGUAUCAUUAUUUCAGUGAUCAUGGAAGAUUGGAUUAAUCAGAAAUUGUCCGAGCUUUUGGAUUUUCCUAUCCCGGAUGAUAUGAUUACGUUUAUUAUGCAGAUAGAAAAUGAUAGAGAUUUGGAGGACUAUUUCUCAACUCUCCUGAAUAAUAAAAAUCAAAAGCACAGGCAAUUUGUAACAGAACUAAAAAAGCAACGUGCAUCUUACAAUAACCAAGCUGGAUAUAAGAAAGUAAAUGAUAAUAAUACAAUACCAAACAGACAAAAUGAAAAGAAAAAAGGCAAAGGUAAGGGGAAAGAAAAUGUACAGGCUCCGUCGCAGACCCAGGUGCAGACACAGGAGAAACCAGAUAAGAUAGAAAAAAAGAAGACUAAAUUUGUUAAUUUAUAUUCUCAAGGAGAUAUACUUUUGAAAGGAAGACAUAGAUGUAACUGUGAGGCAAGGAGACAUUCUUUGGUUAACAACUGUCUCGGUUGUGGUAAGAUAGUUUGUGCACAAGAAGGUUCAGGGCCCUGUUUCUUUUGCAAUGAACUUGUAUGCUCUCCUGAGCAACAAACCAUUCUACAGAGUAAAUCAAAGCAGGCUGAUGCUUUGUACAACAAAUUGAUGGAUCAGAAAAUGAACAAAGGUCUGGAAGAUUCUCUGAAACAGAGGGACAAGCUUCUUGAGUAUGACCGAAAUAGUGCUCGUCGCACCAAAGUUAUCGACGACCAAUCGGAUUAUUAUCAGUCACACAGUACUUGGCUUUCUGCUUCGGAACGCGAGAAAUUACAGAAACAGGAGACAGAAGCACUUGCUCGUAAACACAUGUCACGUUUGGACAGGAGGAUUGCUAUAAAUCUUAUGGGAAGAGAGGUGACUGAUGAAGAUGAAAUUGCCAGUCAAUCUUUGGCUGAUGAUGAAACUGCUGCAGCAAUGUUUGUGGAUGAUGGAAUUUCAGAUUUCUUAAAAAAUAUAAACAUCUGCCCAACCAUUGAAUAUGAACGUCCAACGGUUCGAUCGAAAUUUAUCGAGAGAGGAACAUUCGGAACAAGCCGAAGACGUGAGGAGCAGACAACAAAUUUAGUAAGUAGGAUUCAAGAUAAGGAAUAUUUGGAAAUAUUCGACCAGGGUUUGUGCUUAAGUUUACAUCAGCCCUAUGCAUCGUUGCUAGUGGCUGGAAUAAAAGUUCAUGAAGGUAGAACAUGGUACUCUUCACAUAGAGGAAGAUUAUGGAUAGCAUCGACCGUUAAAAUACCGAUUGCUGAAGAAAUAACCAGUAUAGAGUGUAGCUACCGUAUAUUGAAAGAUGAACAUAUUAAGUUUCCCGAGAGUUAUCCAAGUGGCUUUUUGUUGGGCUGCGUAACGGUAACAAAUGUUCUCCCGCAAGAAGAGUAUAGGAAAUUGUAUCCGGAAGGCGAAAACGACAGUCCAUAUGUCUUUAUAUGUGAGAAUAGUUGCAUGUUGCCGGUACCGUUUCCCAUAAAAGGAAAACACAAGAUUUACAAGUUGGACAGAAAACUUCAUCAAACCGCUUCUAAAUAUAUUGAAAAAGCUAUGAAAAUAAGUUCCUAGUAAUUGCUACCAACCUUACGUAGAUUUCAUUUUGAUAAAAGAUAAACUCGCCAAAGGUGUGUUAUUUUAUUAAUGCGAUUUUAUUAUUCCUUUCUUUUUGCGUAUUCGUUUAUUUAUAGUAAUAUAUAAUCUAAAUUUUUAAAAAUAAUAUAUCUUUGCGUUUGGUAUAAAUGUGAUUUCUAUAUGACAACACGUCUAAUAAAAGUUUUACAUGAAUACAAUA